AUGGAAGCCUACUACCCCUCCCAACACACCUCGUCUCCCCAAUUCCCUCUCUCUCGGGUCCCAGACUGCCCUCUAUGUCCCAACACGCCUAAACGUAGCAGAGUUGAUGCUGCAAGAGGCGCUACUGCUGGCCGUCCCUACUACUACUGUCAAGCCGGCCAUAAACGCCGGUUUAUCACCUGGGAUGACAUGCUGGGCAUUUCCUCUACCAACCCCCGAUGUCGAUGUGGUCAUCACAGUCGACGAAACGAAGGCAAUGGGCCCGUGCCAAGUGCAUGGUACAACUGCUCUUCACGACGAUGCUCCUUCAAUCAGAACAUCGACGAUGAUGAUGUUGAUGAGUCUCCCCACUCUAGCCCUUCGAGCUGGAAGGGUAGUACCGCUUCCUACACCACUGCCGGUUCGGCCUACAGUGGGCAUGGCAGAAAGACUUCCACCGGAGAGAACGACAGCGCGCUUCUUGACAAGAUGAAUGCCAUGAGUGUCAAGAUUGAGGAGCUCGAGACUAACCUUGCUUCUCGGCAGUCAGCCAACGCAAGGUCUUUCGACGACAACUGUUCUGUGCAUGGACAUGGACGCCGCUCGCUGUUCAGAGGUCGACGCUGCAUCUGUACUUAG